AUGAAAAUAGCACAGUGUUAUAAUCAAACAGUUGGCUUUGAUUUAGACCAUUUAUUAUAUUUAUAUAGUGCUGCGUUUGAAGAAAGCAAAAAUCUACCUAGUCAAACAGAUGUACUUGAAGUGCUUGAUCAAGCAAUAACAGCAUUGGUAAAAGAAAAAGAAAAGACAACAGUGGAAAGUGAAAAAGAACUGACAAAAUUAUUUGGAAAUAUAGUUCAACUUUUGCAGUUUCUUACCAAAGAUGAACUUUGUGGAAACAACAAGAAUGCUAGUGUGUCAUGUAUACUACAGAAGCUAUGUGCAUUGAACCCACGUGACGAGGAAGGAAAUACAUUGUUACACAUUGCUGCCGCUAGUAGAAAUCCAGUUAGGUACUUUGAGGGGUUGUGGAGCGUGCCCACUCUUGGAUUUCCUUGUAUUAAGACAGUGCAACUACUUUUAGAUGCAGGCUUUAAUGUAAAUGCAUUAAACAACAAUGGAGAUACACCACUUCACAGGGCAGCCAUGUUUAAUCCCUAUUACUGGACAGAAUAUCAUCGUAUAACCAAGAUGCCGGAGGUUCUUUUACUUGGAGGCGCUCAUCUUGAUUGUACCGACAAUGAUGGUUUGACAGCCAUGGACAAGAGCAGAAAUGUUAGAGCAGAAAGCUUUCUUUCCUAUCGAUAUAACAUGACACUGUGUUUAAAAUGUGUAAGUGCCAGGGCAGUGAAAAAAUAUGGCCUUCCUUAUUUUGGUGAGGUUCCAAAAAGCCUGGAAAAAUUCAUCAGUAUGCAUUGAGACUAACAGAAAUAAUCUUUGUUUCCAGAAAUUAUUUCUAUUUUCACUGCAGCAGGUUUAGUUUAGUGUGUAGAGCAAUGGAUUGCAAUAUGGGAGAUUGCAGGUGCAAUGCCUGGCUCUACACCAAUACUCAGGGUCUUAAAAUAAAAGAGCAAUGAAGGUGUUGCCAUUGCCCUGCAAACAGCUAUAAGACCAUCACGUGGCUCAGAUGACUUUGUAUAAAGAUGGCGGUCCUGUCUCCAGUAGGAGAUACAUUGACACUAAAAAUAAUAUAGUGUCUUUUCUUUCUAGAUAUGUCUUUAUUGUUGUAAAUAUGCUAAAUUGAUUCUGCAAUUGUAGUUUUAAAUUAGACCUACUCAUUGCUAUACUGCUGACUGAAGUCCAAUUUGGUCUGUCAACAUUACUGAGUAACACUUUCACCCCCAGAAUGAAAAUGAGUCUUUUCAGGUGGUUCUAACCUUUAGAGUCUGUGCUAUUAUUUUGUUUCUUUAAUGUUUUAUAGAAUAAAAUUAAGAAACCAUGUUACAUUUUGACUUUGGCCAGUUAAGAAUGCCAGGUAACAGGAGUUGUGUAUUAUCAGGUUUAAAAACCUGCGGUGAAGCCAAGAGUUUUUAAACCUGAUAAUACAUGAGUGCCUGAUUUUUUUGAACGGCUUCAAAAUGUCUGAUACAGAUUAACUCAUUCUUGCACUAAUAAGUAGUUUUGAGGUUAUUUUGGUCUAAAAAACUGGCCGUAAAGUUUAGCAAUGUUUUUACCAGAUAUAAAGACAAUCACUUAACAAAAGAAAUUAUUUCUUUUGUUUUUUCUUUAUGAAUUAUUAAAGAGUUUUUGAACUUUAUUUAGGCCAGUAUGAUUACACCAAAUUGGACAAUGAAGUUACCAAUAGAUUGAUCAUAACUAAAACAAAACGUUGUUUUAUUGUACAGCUGAUUGUACUUCAAUGUUCUCAUAGAUCUUUACAUUAACUGUAAAUAAAAGUAUUUGACAUACUGCGUUCACUUCAUAAGUAAAAAGACAUCAUUGAUAGUAUGCAGAUCUUAAUCCCAGAGACCACGUUUCACUUUACACCAGUGGAUGGGCACCAUCCUCACAUGUGGAUUGGGAUUUAAGGGGAAAAAAGGGUUUCUCCUGGGAACGAGGUUGGCAGUCUGCUAUCCAGUUUCUUUGGUCAGCAGAUGGUCGACUUAAGAGUACAGGCUGUUAAGAAUGGUUGAAACAAUGCAGUGCUGUCAACUCUCCCGGAUGAUCCGGGAGACUCCAGAUUUUAGACCAUAUCUUCCAGGCUCCAGAUUAAAGUAUGAGAUCUCCCGGAUAAUCGCAAUCAAAGUAGUUUUCUAUUUCUUCAGUAGACUCGACUUUCCGACUAUAAAAUUUCAAAUACUGGUACCCUGUGAACAGGGAGCCUGUUCACAGGCUAAAUUUAGAAUAUAUUGCUUUGUUUCAACUAUUUUGAAGUUAACAUUGAGCGUUUCCCCAUAAACUCUGGCAUGCCAUUGUAAUAAUAAUGAACCAGUCAUCUCAAAUAUACAUUGCCUACAACAUCUUUUUUGCGCGUUUUUUGUCAUCACAAAUUUGUGACGAUCGGAGCCAACGAGUAUUUUUUGCACAAAUGACGUCAUGUACCAUGCUUUAUGACGUCAUCUGUCAUCCCUUCCCUAUCAAUUCUCAAUAUUUGAAGAAGUGGGGGGUUGACAGCCCUGCAAUGCAUCAUGGACCCAAGGGAAGUUUUGUGUCCAGCGAUUUUAGUGAAAACAAAGGUUUGUGGGGGUUGCUGUCUCGCGGGCUCACAAAACCUCCCUAAGGUCGAUGGUAUUUUGUAUUUUCCAUUAAGAAUCCCCUUUUACUUUUCCUUGCGCGCGGUCUCGCGACCAAAUUACCUCCCCUUCCCUUUCGUUCGUUAUCGAUUGUUAUCGAUGGCCUGCGAAUACAGCAACCUCGUUCCCAGGUUCCUAUCCUACCCGUCCUCCGAAUAGCCGAAUUUUGCGCCUAGUUUCGCAAGCUAUUUUAUUGACAGCGACAAAAAGCCUUUCCAUUGGAAUACCGUAUUAUAGGAAAUGAACGCUCCAUGAAAUUAAGGUAUUGGAAAUUAACGCGAAUUUAAUGGAAAAUGACUCUUGAAUAAAGAAAAUUAACGCGAAAGAGGAGGUAGAAUUUCAUAAUAAAGGAAAUUAACGCGAUUAAGACACAGUUGGUGGUGACAACUGGAACAAAUUUAUUUCAACACUGGAUGUAAAAAAAUUCAAAACUGAACAAAACUGAGCUGACAUCACUUCUGACAGCGACAACGAUGAAGAUGAGUUCGAAACUUGUAAACCUCCGCCUUAGCUUUUGUGAAAGAUGAAAAAUAAAGGGUAAAUGGAAAGAAAGAAAGCUUGUAGUUAAUGUUUUUUAGGUGUAAAGAAUGUCUGGACAGGUUCCAAAAUUGGGGGUUAACUGGAAAUUAAGAGCGCGGAAAUUAACGCUGUACUUAAUUAAGGUCGCGGAAAUUAACGCUCAACAAAAUUAACGCGACUUAAAUUAACGCGAAUUUUAACGAUUCGCGUUAAUUUCAUGGAACGUUAAUUUCCUAUAAUAAGGUAGACGUUUUUAGUUUGUAUGUUUUGUUUUCCCAAUUCAGACCAUGUAAUGUUCUCUAGAAAAUUCAUCAAUUAUGUAUGCACGUGGAUAAGACGAAAUUUGAAAGAAACAGUUUUCUGGAAUACUAUCACGUGGUUUGAAAGAGGAAAAGAAACAUACAAGCUAAGAAGGUCUAUUGCUGUAAGGCGUGAAACUGCGCAGCUGUUACUUAUAUAAACCGUAUCAUCAGUUAUGCCCAUUAAUAAUCUAAUAAGGCUCAGAACACGAAAAUGUGACGUAAAACCGGCUAAUUCGACCACAGCCAGAAUAUUAGGUUUCGUGGGGAACAAAACGGUCAUGAGAAAGCAUUUACAUCAAGUUAUUGGCGCAGUAGUUUAUUUCACGAGCGUGUGAUUCGAAGACUAAGCCAAGAAAAUUGGAAAAUGCAGCGUAACGCGGUACGUCUCUGUUCAUAUUCCCUAAACCCUGGCGUUACACAAGUCUUCGAAGCUUCUCAGACUGGAGAUGUAGACAAACUUCGGAACAUUUUAAAGCAAAUGCAAGCCCAUGAAAUAAAUACAGCAUUAGACACUAUGGCCAUGACAAUGGAAAGCUCUUUUUGUGGAACGCCAGUAGCUUUUGCUGUUGCUAAUGGGCAUAUGGAUGUUUUAAGGUGUCUGGUUGAAAAUGGCGGCGAUAUUAAUUCUCGCCGCUUGGUUCGAAUAUAUUCUGAUGAUCACAAGUGCGACAAGUGUACUCCUCUAAUGAUAGCUUGUGAAAAAGGACACAUAAAUGUAGUUAAAUUUCUCAUUGGACAAGGAGCGUGUACGGACCUUCAAAAUACGGGGGGCGAAACAGCUUUACACUUCGUUGUUCGGGCCAAGGGUGACUCGGUUGGCAUUUCAAGAAGUUUGAUUGAAAAUGGAGCCGACGUUAAUGCAAGAACGCAUAAUAAACGCACGCCUUUGAUGCUUGCAAGCUCUAAUGAUGACAUAAAUUUGGUGAACUUUUUACUUAAAAAUGGAGCUUAUGUUAAUCUUGAAGACGAUCAAGGAAGGAGCGCUCUUCAUUACGCAGUACGUGCCUCUUAUCAUGAUACUUGUGAUGUAGUGAGAUGUUUGAUUAGUGCCGGAGCUAACGUAAACGCACGUACAAAAUGUCUCAGUUCUCCUCUGAUGAAAGCAAGUGAAAUGAAUAGUAUUAACAUUGUAAAUUUCCUCAUUGAAAAUGGAGCCAAUAUCGACUAUCAAAACAAAGAGGGCCUCACUGCUCUUCACUAUGCCCUCACAUGUUAUCGAGGUAACUUUGUUAACAAUAUCAGUGAAGUUGCUCACAAACUUCUUACCCUCGGGGCAUCUAACUUAUACAGUAAUCAACGACUGACCCCUUUACUUUAUGUCUGUAAUCGGUGCGAGAUUUCAGUUGUAGAGAACUUGGUUCUGAGGCCAGAAUAUACAACGAAAGACAGGAUCGAUGCUCUAGAGCUCCUUGGUGCCUCUCUCGUCACUUGUUUGCCACUUAGAGACUAUGAUGUCCUUGAAGUAGGAUAUGAGUACAUGAAGCGGGCUAUGGAAGCAAGGUUUGAAGAUGGCUCAAAACUUUUGUUAAAACAACCAGUUGAAGCUGAUGAGGAUUAUCAAAAUUGGAAAGAAAGCGAAACCAUGGAGGAACUUGCUAAGAUAGAAGGUAGCACUGACGCCAUAAUUUUGGAGGGUCUUGUGAUAAGAGAAAGAAUUCUUGGAAGGGAAAAUACAGCACUUCUUGAACCACUACGAAUUGUUGCUCAAUACUAUGGUAACCUUGGUGAUCUUUACCUUCCCACCUGUAUUGGACUGUACAAGCGUGUAAUUAAGAUAGCCCACAGGUGCAGUGACUCAGCCAGAGAAGAAGUUGAUAAGUUAACCAGUUUAUUAUAUAAAAUGGUCAGGAGCAAUGGCUAUCCAAAAUUGAACGAUUUAGUUACAUUGCUUGAACACUCGAUUCUUGAGUAUGAGAUGGAAAAAAAGCACAUAACAGAGCUAACGUCUGAGAAAAAUCCACUCAAGCAACUGAUUGAUGCGCAUAGAUCACACUUGUCUAACUCUCUUCAUUGUCUAAUAAAACUUGUGCAAAUCACGAAAUGUUACGAAUAUGGGAAAACUUCAAGGCGUUUAUCGGCGUUAUUGCAAAGACUUGUCCAAAUGAAUCCUCGUGAUGAUCUUGGAAAUAACUUGUUACACAAGGCUGUUGGUAACCUUGUGAGUGGUGAAAUCCUCUGCAUAGGUACAGUAAAAUUUUUCAUGAAUGCGGGGGUCAGUGUUAAUGCGGUCAACAACAAUGGCGAUACCCCGCUUCACAGAGCGGUCAUUAUCAAGCCCAACAAUCGUGCCGAGCUCCUUCAUUUGUCUGACAUGUUGACGGUUUUGCUAGAUGAAGGUGCUCACCAUGAUUUCGUCAACAAUCUUGGUAAAACAGCCAUGGACCUGGUCACAACCGAUGAGGCACGCAGGAUUCUAUCAGAGAAAAGAAAUCUGGAACUGAAGUGCAUCUGUGCUAGGGCGGUAAAGAAUUUUGGACUUCCUUAUAUGGGAGUUGUGCCCAAAACAUUGGAACGAUAUAUCAGUAUGCAUUAG